AUGCAAACGCCACUGCCACUGGCUGAAACAGCAGCGGGGGGAAGACAAGAACUCACCGACUUUUAUCAUUAUGCGGCUUACCACACUACAACAGCCUACUUCGGCAAAGCAUCCGUCAUGGCGCCGCUCGACGAUGACGAGGAAGAUGCUCCUUCUGACGCCAGCGCCCAGGCAGAUGACGAGGGCUCUGAGAGUGGAGCACUACCCAGCUACCUUCAGCACGAGCGGGCCAUGCUUCAGCGUGGUCUCCUUGCAACACAUCAGACUGGCUGGAGCAGUGCUUUCGACUUGGAAGCUCUUUGCGAUCGCCUCCACGGCCUAUCCGUCGAGGAGGCAGAGAAGGAUGCACGCGAAGCCCUCCAGGAGGCCAAGGACGAAGCUCGGGACGGCGACGUGCUCGCCAUCCUGCUGCAGGUUUUCCAGUCCGCCCGCAGCAGCGUCCUGGACUCGGACGAGGCUCCCACCGACUACACUUGGACUGAGGUGCUAGGCUACUGCAGCCGCCUAUGUGCCUUGUGCGAUCGGAACUUCCUGAGCUUAGCUGGGCAACCUGGCCCGGACGACUUUCCCCUGCGGGUGGUGGCCAGUGUCUAUGCCGAGUGCGGGCGGACCUUAUCCGUGGCGGGCCGCCCUACGGAAGCGCGAAAUCGGCUUCAGAAGGCUCUCAACGUCUUCGGGCUCAUCUCAGAGCCGACGGAAGAGGAAGCCUGGCUGCUUGCUGGCUGCCGGGCCUCCCUGGCCAGGGCCUUCCGACAGUUGGGGCAAUUCAAGGGCACCCAGGAUGAGUUCCUUCAGGCGCUGCAGCUCAUGGCUGACCUCCCGGAGUCUUAUGAGGUAGCGGAGCUCCUCUCUGAGUAUUGCGAGGCCUUGGGUGAGGCGCCCAAAGGGGACCGCCUGGUUUCGUCGGCGCUCGUGGACCUGAUGGCCACGAUGAUGGAGGAGAAGUUUGGUGAGGGAAGCGAGGAACACAUCCAAGCACUGCAGGAACUCUCAGCAGCCUGCGUCGCUGCGGAGAAGCCUGCGUUGGCCGCUCCGCUCUUCGUGACGCUGUCCAGACUACUUCGGGAGUACUACGGUGAUGAGCCGGACACCUGGGAGAUGCAAGAGCUGCAAGCAGUGGAAGAAAAGGCGGCUCAGUGCCUCGAGGGUGGAGCCGCUGUCCACAUGAGUGAAGGCGAUCUCGAGGCUGCCGUGGCAUUAUGGUCUCUCGCACUCCGAAUGCGAGAGGGCCUCCAUGCCGAGGAGGAGGUGCUGACGGAGAUGCGCCAGUCUUUGGAUGCCUUGAAGCAGGCGGCUGCUGCCGCAGCUGCAAGCGAAGCUGAAGGUCCAGCGAGCACUUUGGCGCCCGAGGAUGCCCAACAAACUGAAGCCUCCGAUCCGCUGGAGACCUCGAAGGAGGAGGAAGAAGACGCUCGACCUGAUUCCUGGGAUGAGACAGAUGAGCCGAGUGCAUCCUCCUCCAUCAAGGAGGGAGCCUCUUCGAUCCAAGCCUUCGUUGAUGGGUGGCCCAAGUACCUUGCGGCCCGCCUGGGCGCAGCAACAUAUGACAAUGCGAACAUGGAUCACGUCAAGGAGCCGAUUUUCGUGGACGGGCCCUUCACAGUUCGCUAUCCCAUUUCCUUGGGGUUGGAGAAGAGCCCUUUCGCUGUGUGUUGCUGGUUGGCCAGCAAAGCGCCGCGAGUGAGAGGCAUUCCGAAGGGCUCCACGCCUAUGCCACACGAGGAAGUGAAAGAUCUGUUGGCGAAGUUGCAAGGCUCAAGCCCGAAUUCUCCACACUUCUGCACGAAGGAAACCUUCCAUUUCUACAAAGGCCCGAACCAGGAGAUCUAUUUGGAUUUCGUCGGCAUUCAGCUCGUCAAUAUGGACUUUGAUGGCGGUGAAGUGGAGCUCCACUGA